AUGGCGGGCCCUGAGAUUUCCCAAGCCGCACGCCGCUGCCACGAUAGUCUCUCGAGUCUUGCCCAGGAGUUCGAAACGAGCAGAAACACAUGGGAGCAUGAACUCACAGAAAGAGACUUCGCGCAACUGCUUGAAAGAUUCGAGCAAUGGGCUGGGAACCUGGGCGCUCUUCGACAGCCGAGCUCCAAGCUAUCGCUCGACCAUCGCCUACGCGAUAGUCUCACAGUCAGAGCCUCCAUUUUCAGCAUGCUUGAGGACCUGAACGAGUCUGCCAAAAUGGCUACAGAGAUCGUCUCGGGCCGUCGACCUAACAGAGUUAUGCCGAAAUUGGACAUUACUGAGGAAGAACUGGAGGAAUUCGAUAUUUCCUCCAGCAGUUCUGAGUCAGGCGCAUCUAAUACUUCAAACGGCACUCGGGAUAGUCGACACGACAAACCCUCAGAGAUACAGAAGCUUCUAUCAGCAAUCAGGACAAGCCUCAACAGCCUAUUCAAAGCUUCUGUGUUCAUUCGCAAAUUCGCGCCCGAGGACAGACGCCAACGAGCCUCCAGAACGAAGCCUUUCGUAAAUACUGCAGAUUUGAUGUAUAUCAAAGAUAAGUACAGUCUCCUUUGGGAAACCAACGAACCUUUGGCAAUACGUCUAGCGGAGGCAAACGCUCGGCGAAGACAAUACUUCAGAUACCGUCAGCAACAUCAAGAAAAGUUGUCUUCCCAGCUAGACGAAAGUCUCAUUGGAAGAAGACACGCCCACUUAUCGACCGAGCCCAAGCCACUUGACGGAGAACCCCUACGACAAGGGUCAAUCGUGUCUGGUUUAUCCAAGCCCAGCAUUCUAGCGGAGACUGAAGCAACAGAAUUUGUGAGAAACAAAGCGUCAGAGGCUCAAUUCUUCGCGCUCUCAAGCCCAGAGCCUGCUUUGUCGGUCUUCUCGAUGGCGACCACAGUUGUGGAAGCUUCUGAUACAGAGCUUCAAUUUCCGCCGAUACCCGAUGAGGGGCAGAAGACAUCGUCGGAUCAAUCUGCCAAGACUUUUCCGGCUGUAAGCCAACAAUGCGACGACUCGUCAAAAUCCCUGAAGUGUCUCAACACAUUAGAGGGCCACUCGGACAUUGUAUUUGGCGUAGAAGUUAUGUCCAAUGGAUGGGUUGUGACUGCCAGCAAGGAUAGGAGCCGACGCGGUCAUCGCAACGGCUAUAGGACCGAGCACGGCGACUGGCUUUAUGUUUGCUACUGCUUCGAGUGA